AUGCCGUGCGAGCUGCGUCACGAGCUGAUCGUGUGGGAGAUCCUGGUCCGGCUGCCCGCCAAGUCGCUGCUGCGGCUACGCUGCGUCUGCAAGGCCUGGCGCGACACCAUCUCCGGUGCCGACCCCUCAUUCUCUCAGGCGCACCUCUACCGACUUCAUCAGCAAGUCAGGAAGCCCUGCAGCCUGCUCAUCGCACCACGUAUCAGAAGCGAAAGGAUCAAAGGGAAGAUCGCCACCCCACGACUUUACCUGUGGGAGGAGAGCCGGCAGGGCGUCGCGACCCUCUUGCACGACACCUCCUCGUUCACCGAUGAGGAGGCCAAGACAAGACAUGGGUUCGGCCACUGCGACGGGCUCGUGCUCCUGCCCGCCGAGGAUGCCGUGUGUGUGCUCAACCCAGCCACAAGCCGAAUCAUCGAGCUCCCUUGGAGCCCCAACAACGUUGCACCACGCCGGCACUUGGUGGCACAAGGACACCAAGCAUUCGGCUUCGGGCGUGACCAUCGCUCCAACGCCUACAAGGUCGCCCGCUUCUUCUACCAUGAAACUCGUGCCAUGGGUAGCCAUGGGAUGGAGGUGUUCACUAUCGGAAAGGACCAAUACUGGCGUGAGACGGCUGCACAACCACCGUACCCGUUUCUAGCAGGACGGAUUGCGACCUUCAUCAAGGGUUCCCUGAUUUGGACAGUUGACCAGUACUCACUUAUGUAUGAAUGUAAUCCCUCGCUUCUACCUCAUCAUGCAAGUAUGACGUGCUUUGUCCGGUUUAGUCUUGAAGACGAACCAUUCAGCAUCAUGACGGGUCCUCCAUGGUUUGAAGCGGGCGACUAUUUAGAAUCCAGAUUAGCUAAGUUGAACGGUGAGCUAGCCAUCCAUCAUCUAGGGCCCAACUAUGAAUCUGUUGAGAUAUGGAUGUGCAAUGAUGCGGAAAGCAACAACCCGCCACGGUGGGAGCAGCACCAUGUUUUCAACUUCCGGGCUUAUGUUCGUCUGAUAGCUACAUUCAACGAUGAGAUAGUGUACCAAGACGGAUCAUCGUAUCUCUGGCGUCAAACUCAUCAAGGAAAUAAAUUUAUGGUUUGCAUGACUGACUUGAAGUAUCGUAACCCCGACAUGGGCACACUUGUUGAAUACUCAUGGGGGACCAUUAAGGACUUUGAUUUAAUCUUUUUCAUUCCUACCCUAGUUCAAAUAUAG